AAUCGAAUUUCACUCUCAAAUUUCGAUUUGGAUCGAAUUUAGAGUCUGAGUAUUUGUCUCCGGAAUCCAGAUAGAUGCCUCGCGAAGAAGAAAUGUGUGUCCAUUUCCCGGAGGAAAUCAUCCUGCAAAUCCUCCGGAGACUCCCGGUGAAAUCGGCGGUGAAAUACACCGCCGUUUGCAAGACCUGGUACGCUCUCAUCAAGGAUCCCGCUUUCGUUCUCACUCAUCUGCAGGCUGCCUCUUUUCCAAGCGACCUUCUCCUUCUCAGGUUCGCUACAGGUAAAAGAGAAUUUUAUCAAUUGCGUCGCGAUAAUGAUGCCUUUGAGGAGUACAAGCAGUUCCACUUACCCUUCGAGUGUGGUGGAUUUGGGGCUUUUAGACUUGUUGGUACAUGUAAUGGGCUGAUUUGUCUGGGAGAUGUUUAUCAAGAUUAUUGCAAUAUAAUUUUGUGGAAUCCUUCCAUUCACAAACAUUUCAUUUUGCCCAAUCCUGAUUUUCCCUUCAAGAGCUUUUGCGAUAAUACCCUAGGCUUCGGGUUUGAUCCAGUGUCAGAUGACUACAAGGUACUUCUAAUUGUGGCUCAGGAUAAUAAAGAAGAAUUGAUUGAAGUGUGGUUGUUUUCAUUAAACAGGUGUUCUUGGACGAGGCUUAGUGAAGCCUCUCCCAAGCAUUGUUUGCAUGCACAUAGGGAGGCAGCCUUUGUGAAAGGUGCUUUGCAUUGGAUUGGACAUUCUAAUUUGAAGAAUUGGAUGUUCUCGCAUAUGGUUUUGGCUUUUGAUUUGAGCACUGAAAAGUUUUUUGUGGUGAACUUUCCCAAAACUUUAGUUCACUUUGUACCCCAAAUGUCAUUAAUUAAAUAUGAAGAGUCCAUUGCUGUGGUUGCCCAUGGCAGUUUUGAAGAUUUAGAUGACAAUCAGCUUGAGUUGUGGGUCAUGAAGGAGUACGGUGUAGAUAGUUCAUGGACAAAGGUGUUGCAUUCAAUUGGUGAAGAUGGAAAGUUAGUUUUUGAUUCAGACUUGAUUGACGUGUUUGGGGUCAGGAAGAAUGGGGAGGUUUUAUUGAAGGUGCGUGAGGAGUGUGGGAAAAAUUAUGAGCUAGCUACACUGGAUUUGAACUGCGACCAACAGAAGCAGCAACUAAAGCGUCUUGGAAUCAUGAUUGAUCUUAAUUAUUCGUUUGUUGGAAACUUUGUGGAGAGUCUGGUGUUACUUGACAAAGGGGAACAAGAUGUGAGGGGGAAGUCUGAAUAAAAGUGUAAUGGCAUAAGCUUGGGAACUUUUGUUAUCAAAUUGCGCCAAUGGUUAGGAAGAAAGGGGAACUUUUAUUGAAUGUGAGAAGGGAGGAAGGGCAUGGUUGCGAGCUAGCAAUGUUGGAUUUGAACUGCCACCGACAGGAACAUUCCAACUAUAAUUAUAUGUAUGAUGAUGAUGAUGUUGUACUUUCCCUUACUCACUCCACUCCUUGCUCCAGAAGUUGAUAACACAAGUAGUCUUGACUGUUGAGUUGUGAUUUCUUAACCAAUCAUGUGAUUUGAGGUCCAGUUUUCUUCCAAUAUUGCGCCGAGGCCCGAGGUUCCACUCAAAAACACUUCUUCCCACUUGGGUAGAGUGAUAUUCAGAUCAAACCUUGCAUCUUCAUUCUUCAUGACUCCCAUGGUAUUAACAUUUUCACUUUUUCCAACUAUGAUUGUCUUACACUAUGUUUGGUUUUUAAAGAAUUCACAAGGAAAAGAAAAGAAGUAGUUUUCU